AAUAGCUGCUGGAAAACCAAAUGCAGUCAACAUGAGCGGCAACGACCGGCUGGCAGAAAGCAAGGCCGCUGUCUCCGAAGCCAUAUCUAGCGUCAUCAAGUCCUCGCUCAAGCUGCCGGAGCUGCUCACCCAUGAGCAAGGAGCCCAGCUGACGGAGCUGGCCUCGAGCCUGGUCGCCAAGGAGCCACUCAUCCGCGCCGCCUGCAACACGGCACAGCAGCAGCUGCCGCGCGCGGCCUCCGACUACGCGUCCUCACUGGAGGGACAACCGGCAGCGGGUUGCGAGGCCGCUCUCCCUGGGGCUGCUGCUGCUGCCAACGCUGCCGGCGCUGCAACGGCCAGCUCCGGGGCCGCGGGCACCGCCUCGGAGCCUGUCGCCGUCACCGCGGCGGGCCUGCUUCUACAGGGGCGCUUCGACGAAUGCAGCCGGCUGCUGGAGGCCGCGGUGGCGGCGCCGGCAGCGGGAAGCAGCGAGGGUGCCGGUGGUCGUCGCGGCGAGGGCAUGAACGGGAAUUGUGCGGGCACGGCGGCGGCCAUUGCGUUGGCUUCGCCAGCGGCUUUGGGAACCGUGCUGUCACAGCAACGGGAAGGCGGCGGCUACAAGGCGGCGGUGGGUGGCGAUGAGCAGGUGCUGCUCCAGUUGCUGGUCAUCGCACGGAUACGCCAGGAGGAGGAGCGGCAGAAGCAGCUGGAUGCCGCUUCAAGCCUUUCGGGUGGCGCGGCCACGCAAAGCGACGGCUCCGCAGCGGCAUCGGCGGCCCGGCUGCUGGCCUGGGCGGCAGCCGCACUGCAGCUCGGGCCCAGCGCCGCUGCAGCCACCCCUGCCGCGCCCCCGCCAGCAGCACAAGCGUCGGCGGAGCCGGAGGUGUCGGCAGCCGAGGUACGGCGCUGGUUUCGGCGGCUUGCUGCGCUGACACACCCGGACAAGUGCGCAGACGUCGCGGCGGUGCUCACGGAGGCCGCAGCCGCCGCCUCGGCCGCAGAGUCUGGUCCGUCUGGCCUGACGUGUGCGAGGACCGGCACCGCAAUAGCGCCUGCCGCAACACACAGAGCGGUUGCCGCGAGUGCGGGGGCGCAGGCGGUCCAGGAGGUGGAUGCGCCGGAUGGGGCGCGGGAGCUGGUCUCAGCUGCAUUCCGCUGGCUGCAGCGCGGCUGCGAGGCCCUGCUCGUGCAGCUGUCGGCCGCGUCGGGCAGCUCUCGUGGCGGCGGCGGCGGCGGCAGUGGAGGAGCCAAGCGCCGCCGUGGCGAGGGCGGGUGGCAGCGCAGCGGCAGCGCCGCGGGCACGGAUGGGCGCGAGGCGGGCGAGGAGGAUGGGGGCGGCUGGGGUCGGGGCGGCAUGGGGGGCGGCGACGAUGGGCCUGAGGAGGAUGCGGACGUGUGGUGGGCGGAGUGGAGUGACGGUAGGGCCGCACCGCCGCCUCCGCCGCCCAGCACCUGCCCUGGGCCGGCGGAUGAGGAGCCGGCGCUGUGGGACAUGUCGCUGCCGGAGCUGGAAGCGGAGGUGGCGACGCGCCAGGCGCAAGUGCUGCGGCCGCCGCCCGGCUCGGAGGCGGCGGCGCUGGGGCCGCAUGCGCGGCAGCGGCGGCUGCGGGCGGCGCGCAGUGUGCUUGCGGAGCGCAAGGCGGCGGCAGUGUCUGAGGCGGCGGCAAGCAGCGGCGGCGGCUGGGCAAGCGGCGGCUGGGCUGGUGGCGGGGGCGGAGGCGGAGGCGCAGGGUGGUGCUGAGAGCGUAUGGCCGUAUGGUCGGACCGGCUUUUCCAAUUAACCAAGUGUGGCUACAUUAGAAGUUGGCACCGGGCGCGCAGGGUGCCGAGGAAUGUUUCAAUACAUAAUCAGUCUCGAUAUGUAAUGCAAUUCGCGA